CUUGGCUCCUGGAAUAAAGGCAGGGCCUGAGCCGGCUUCUGCGCGCGGCCUCAGGAGUUGCAGCGGGGGGCCUACAACCCACCUUUGCUGGCAGCCCUUCCCUGUGGGUGGCCUCACACCAGGUCCUGGCCCACUGAGCUCCCCCCACCUUUCUCCGUAACAGUCAAGGCAGGGAGGUGCCGAGGCUCAAGCUGCCCCCCUACUCUGGGCCCUGAGAAGAAGGCCUUUGGGGGCUGCCAGCGAUGAGCUGGGGGCACUGACGCGGUGGCUGCUGGGGGUGCCGGAUGGAUGGGGCCUGGCCCUGCUUUGUGCAGUUUCUCCCUGGUCCUGCGGCCUGGGUCGGCCAGCCUGCAGGUGCCCCCCCAGGCGAGUGUGGACGGUCUGGUGCAUGGGCCUGACUUUCUCCUGGCUUCUUUCCAGGGUCCCUCCUGGCUUGGCAAGAGCUUGACAGCUGUGGCCUUGAACAAGUCCAGGGGGAGGAGGGGGGGGACCCUGGGCUGGACCAGGAGUCCCAGGAAGGUGGGCUCCUGGGCGCCCUCCCCUUCUCCCUGCAGCAGAGCCAGCCAAACCCUCAGCCUGUGCCCUCUGCCCCCCCUCCUCCCCAGCUUCAGAGGUCACCGUUCCUCUACAGAAGGGGCCUCUUCCCACCCCCACCCCAGCCCCCUUGUCAGUGUCUCUCCUCCUGUCCUUCUGCAAAGAAAUCAUAAGGAGAGAGCCUGAGGCAGCUCUUCUAGUGGCACAGCCCCAUCUUCUCCUGGCAGAGCUGGUGAGCUGUGGGCCGGAGCAGUGGCCUUUGAUGCUGUAUCUUUGCGCCGGCUCCCCCGCCCCCACGCCUGAGUUGGAGGGUGGUGCCGCCGUGAGCAUUUUUGCCGCCUCCAGCGGGCACGGGGCUUGCGGCUCUUAACGGCACCGUCUCGUCUCCGCGAUGGAUGCUCUCCGCGUCCAGCUGCUCCCGUGUCGGAAAACCCGCUGAACCCCGCUCGCGAAAUUAAAAGAUGCGGCAGCUGGGCCGCUUCAACAGGGAGGGGCACGGGUCGUAGCGCUCCCUGUUUUUAAAUAAUGUUUCUGGUAAUGCGUUUUGGAGGAUGCGAAAAAAAAAAUAAAAAAAGCCGUAGCAAUGGUAAUGACAUCCACAGGACACUCGGCAGGAAACGAGCGCGGUCUGGGACUAAUAAAAGCCGAAAUGUAAUUUGUGCAGAUAUACGAGGCGCAGCCUUCAGAGUGGGCCUGGGUUUGCGAAUUCCGGGCUCAUAAACACGGCCCGGGCGGGGAGGGCAGGGCAGGGCAGGGCGCGGUGCCCUCCGCCUGGAACAGGUCCUCCAGGUCCGAGGCCGCUGCGGCGCCUGCUGCAGCAGGAGCAGCCCUGAGUGGAGGUGGCCUCGGCUCGCCAGCCCCGGGCCGGGCAGCGUGGCGCUGCCAAGGGCGCAGGGGAGCCCGGACUGGAGGUGGGGUCAGGAGGCGCCUCUGGGGCCUUUGGGUCACAGCGGGCACCUCUCUGGUGUUUGGUCCAAGUCCGGGAUGGACUGAAGGGGGUCAGAGGGUGGGGCGCCUCGGACUGGGUGCCUGCGUCGAACUGGGCCCUGGGCCCUCCUGGGGGAACACUGGUUCCUCUCCAGGGCCACCGUGCUUCGGGCCCUGAGGCUGGGCCAGCUGACCACUGGGGGCAGAGGGAGGCUCUCCGCUCGGGUUCCCUCCCUCGUCAGCCACCCCCCAACCCCAUGUCGUCGAGGUGGGAUCUCAGGGUGAAGGGGCUGAGCCGGACCUGCUGGAGAGGCCCCUCCCUGCUCGCUGCUGUGCCUGCUCCCUCUCCUCUGGGCCCCCUUGUUUGUUUUCGGCCCCUCCCAUUGCUCUAGAAGCUCCUAGCGGUGGCAAGCCACCCCUUCCCCCACCACAUGUAAAGUUGCAGCCCGAGGGCCGAACCUGAGCCACAGCAGUGGCAACUCCAGGUCCUUAACCCACGGCACCACCAGAUAACCAGCCCGAGUCAUGCAGUCUUUUCGAGAAAGGUGUGGUUUCCAUGGCAAACAACAGAGCUACCCGCAGACCUCACAGCCGACGUCUCGCCUGGAGAACUACAGGCAGCCGAGCCAGGCCGGGCUGAGCUGCGACCGGCAGCGCCUGCUGGCCAAGGACUAUUACAACCUGCAGCCGUACCCGGGCUACGAGGGCGGCGCCCCGACGCCCGCCAGCGCCGCGCGCGCCGGCAAAGGCCUCUCCUCGCAGCAGGCCCUGCAGGGGAGGCCGGCCUUCGCGGGCUACGCCGUCCAGGACAGCGGCCCGUACCCGGGCCGCUACUCGGGCGAGGACAGCCUGCAGGCCUGGGGGACCCCCCAGCCGCCACCCCCCCAGCUGCAGCCCCUGCCCGGGGGGGUGGGCAAAUAUGACGAGAACCUGAUGAAAAAGACGGCGGUGCCCCCCGGCCGGCAGUACGCGGAGCAGGGCGCCCAGCUGCCCUUUCGGACUCACCCGCUCCACGUCCAGCAGCCGCAGCUGCCGCAGCCCCCGCAGCCCCCCGCGUACCCCAAGCUCCAAAGGCAGAAGCCACAGAACGACAUGGCCUCGCCUCUGCCCUUUCCCCGGGGCGGCCCCUUCCCCCAGCACUCCCAGUCCUUCCCAGCCGCCUCCACCUACUCCUCCGCCGGGCAGGGGGCCCACUCCUACAAGGGCUGCACGGCGCCAUCCGCGCAGCCCCACGACCGGCCCCUGACUGCCAGCGCCAGCCUGGGCCCCGGCCAGCGGGUCCAGAGCCUCCACGCUUACCCGUCCAGCCGCCUCAGCUACGAGCCGCAGAAGCAGCAGCAGCAACAGCAGCAGCAGCAGCAGCAGCAGGCCCUUCAGAGCCGCCACCACGCCCAGGAAACGCUGCACUACCCGAACCUGGCCAAGUACCAACACUACGGGCAGCAGGGCCCGGGCUACUGCCCGCCGGACACGGCCGUCAGGACCCCGGAGCAGUACUACCAGACCUUCAGCCCCGGCUCCGGCCACUCGCCCGCGCGCUCCGUGGGCCGCUCCCCUUCGUACAGCUCCACCCCGUCGCCGCUGAUGCCCAACCUGGAGACCUUCCCCUACGGCCAGCAGCCGCUGGGCAGCGGCGCCUUCCCCGCCGGCCUCCCCGACCACAGCCACUUCAUGCCCCUGCUCAACCCCUCCCCCACGGACGCCGCCGGCUCCGUGGACGCCCAGGCGGCCACCUGCAAGGCCCUGCAGAAGGACAAGCUGCCCGACGCCCUGCUGUCGGACCUCAGCCUGCAGAGCCUCACGGCGCUGACCUCGCAGGUGGAGAACAUCUCCAACACGGUCCAGCAGCUGCUGCUGUCCAAGGCGGCCGGGCCCCCGAAGAAGGGCGUCAAGGGCCUGGUGUCCCGGGCCCCGGAGCCGCUCAAGAGCCAGCACUGCAGCCCCGAGGGCGGCGGCUACGCGGCCGAGCCGGUGGGCACGCCGCUCUCGGAGCCGCUGAGCAGCACGCCGCAGUCCACGCACGCCGAGCCGCCCGAGGCCGACUACCUGAGCGGCUCCGAGGACCCGCUGGAGCGGGGCUUCCUCUACUGCAGCCAGGCCCGCGGCAGCCCCGCCCGGGUCCGCGGCGGCUCCAAGGCCACGCCCGAGUCCGUGUCCACCUGCUCCGUGACCUCCCCCGACGACAUGUCCACCAAGUCCGACGACUCCUUCCAGAGCCUGCACAGCAGCCUACCGCUCGACAGCUUCUCCAAGCUGGUGGCCGGCGAGCGGGACUGCCCGCGGCUGCUGCUCAGCGCCCUGGCGCAGGAAGACCUGGCCUCCGAGAUCCUGGGGCUGCAGGAGGCCAUCGGCGAGAAAGCCGAGAAGGCCUGGGCCGAGGCGCCCGGCCUGGCCACGGACGCCGGCAAGACGGCCUUCUCGCUGGAGAACCACAGCGCCUGUCUGGACCCCGUGGCCAAGGGCACGUGGCCGCGGCCAGGGGAGCCGGAGGCCCUGCCCGAGCCCUUGCAGCUGGACAAGGCUGGCAGCGCCAAGGACUUCAGCCCGGGGCUGUUCGAAAACGCCCCCGUGGCCUUUGCCACCCCUGACCCCAAGAAGACGGCGGGCCCCCUCUCCUUUGGCACCAAGCCCACCCUCGGAGCUGGCGCCUCGGACCCCACCGCGGCCGCCUUCGACUGCUUCCCCGACGCGACGGCCGCCAGCUCGGCCGACGGCGCCAAUCCCUUCGCCUGGCCCGAGGAGAACCUGGGGGACGCCUGUCCCCGCUGGGGGCUGCACCCCGGCGAGCUCGGCAGGGGGCUGGAGCAGGGCGGGAAGGCCGUGGACAGUGUCGGCCAGGAGAGCGCCCGCGAGGCCUCGGCCUGCCUGGGCUUCCCGGAGGAGGAGCCCCCGGGGGAGAAGGCCGCGGGGCCACGGGGCUCCAAGCAGGAGGAGGCGGGCGGGGUGAAGGAGGAGGCGGGCGGGCUGCUGCAGUGCCCCGAGGGGGGCAAGGCCGACCGGUGGCUGGACGACGGCAGGCACUGCUGCUCCGCCGCCGACUUCGGGGACCUCCCGCUGCUGCCGCCACCGCCGGGCAGGAAGGAGGACCUGGAGGCCGAGGAGUACUCCUCCCUGUGCCAGCUCCUGGGCAGCCCUGAGCAGAGGCCGGGCGUGCAGGACCCGCUGUCGCCGAAGGCCUCGCUGCUGUGCGGCAAGGAGGAGGUGGAGGAGGUGCUGGACCCCAAGGCCGGCUGGGGCUCCCCCUGCCCCCUCUCUGGGGAGUCCGUCAUCCUGCUGGGCCCCACCGUGGGUGCCGAGUCCAAGGUCCAGAGCUGGUUUGAGGCCUCCCUGUCCCACAUGAAGCCAGGGGAGGAGGGGCCCGAUGCGGCGCUGGCUCCGGGGGAUCCCUCCUCCCUGGCCCCCGACGCCCCUCUGGCCCAGAUGCCCAACAAGCCUGCUGGGCCCGAGGCGCCCAUCGCCAAGAAGGAGCCUGUGCCCCGUGGCAAGAGCUUACGGAGCCGGCGGGUGCAGCGGGGGCUGCCCGAGGCCGAGGACUCCCCGUGCCGGGCGCCGGCGCUGCCCAAAGACCUGCUGCUCCCCGAGUCGUGCACGGGGCCCCCCCAGGGCCAGACGGACGGGGCAGGGGCCCCGGGCCGGGGGGCCUCGGAAGGGCUCCCCAGGAUGUGCACCCGCUCCUUCACGGCCCUGAGCGAGCCCCGCACGCCCGGCCCCCCAGGCCUGCCCACCACCCCCGCCCCCCCAGACAAGCUCGGGGGCAAGCAGCGAGCCGCCUUCAAGUCGGGCAAGCGGGUGGGGAAGCCCUCGCCCAAGGCCGCGUCCAGCCCCAGUAACCCCGCCGCCCUGCCCGUGGCCUCCGACAGCAGCCCCAUGGGCUCCAAGACCAAGGAGACAGACUCGCCGGACGCGCCGGGCACAGACCAGCGCUCCAUGACGCUCCGGUCCCGCACCCGGACCCAGGAGGCCUUCCACUCCAAGCGGCGGCGGCCCUCGGAGAGCCGGCUCCCCAACUGCCGCGCCGCCAAGAAGCUGCUGGCCAACCACCACCUGCCCGCCGCGUUCAAGGCCGCCGGCAGCCCCCAGAAGGAGGCCAGGGCCAGCCAGCGGGCCCGGGUCCCCAAGCCGGGCGCCGGCGGCAAGCCCUCCGAUCGGCCGCUCCACGCCCUCAAGAGGAAGUCGGCCUUCAUGGCACCCGUGCCCACCAAGAAGCGCAGCCUGGCCUUACGCGGCGGAGCCGGGGAUGCCAAGGAGGCGGGGGCCGAGGGGUCCCCCCCUCUCUUCAAGAGGGUGGCUUCCCCCAAGAAGGCCAAGCCCCCCAAGGGCAACGGGGAGCCCCCGGGGAAGCCACUGCCCCCCGAGACCCCCGACGCCUGCCUGAAGCUGGCCUCGCGGGCGUCCUUCCAGGGGGCCCCGAAGACCAAGGUGCUGCCGCCCCGGAAGGGCCGGGGCCUCAAGCUCGAGGCCAUCGUGCAGAAGAUCACCUCCCCCAGCCUCAAGAAGUUUGCGUGCAAGGCGGCGGGGGGCCCUCCCGGGACUCCUCUGAGCCCAGCGCCCCCCGAGAAGGAGCGGGCGCUCAAGGGCGCGGGGGGCAGCCCCCUGGCGGCCGAGGAGGGGCUCCUGACCCUGGGCCCCGGGCAGAAGUUCCCAGCAGCGCCGGGGGCCGAGCCGUUGUGCAGAAAUCCGACCAACAGAUCCUUAAAAGGCAAACUCGUGAACAGUAAGCAACUGUCCUCGACGGACUGUUUCAAAACAGAGGCCUUCCCGUCCCCAGAGGCCCUGCUGCCCGGGGGCGCUUCCCUGGCGCCCAAGAAGAGGAGCCGGAAAGGCAGGGCGGGAGCCCCGGGCCUCCCCAAAGGCUCCCUGGAGAAGCAGCCCCAUCUCGGCCCGGCUCUGCUCCUGGCUCCCCGAGACAGGGCCAACGGCACGCAGGGGGGCAGCGAGGACAGCUCCGGCGGAGGCGGCAAGAAGCCAAAGACAGAGGAGCUGGGCCUGGCCUCCCAGCCCCCUGAGGGCCGGCCCUGCCAGCCCCAGACCAGGGCACAGAAGCAGCCGGGCCACGCCAACUACAGCAGCUAUUCUAAGCGGAAGCGCCUCACGCGGGGCCGGGCCAAGAACGCCGCCGCCUCCUCCUCGCCCUGUAAGGGGCGUGCCAAGCGGCGGCGGCAGCAGCAGGUGCUGCCCCUGGAUCCCGCAGAGCCUGAAAUCCGCCUCAAGUACAUUUCCUCCUGCAAGCGGCUGCGGGCCGACAGCCGCUCCCCCGCCUUCUCGCCCUUCGUGCGGGUGGAGAAGCGGGACGCGUUCACCACCGUGUGCACUGUCAUCAACUCCCCGGGCGAGGAGCCCCAGCCCCACCGGAAGCCUUCCUCCUCCACCUCCUCCUCCUCCUCCUGCUCCUUCGCCUUGGACGCGACCGGGGCCUCCCUCCCCACGCUCCCUGGCGGCUCCGGCCUGCAGCCGCGGCCCUGCCUGCCCCUCUCCUCCACCAUGCAUCUGGGGCCCGUGGUCUCCAAGGCCCUGAGUACCUCUUGCCUUGUUUGCUGCCUCUGCCAAAACCCAGCCAACUUCAAGGACCUCGGGGACCUCUGCGGGCCCUACUACCCCGAACACUGCCUCCCCAAAAAGAAGCCAAAACUCAAGGAGAAGGUGCGGCCAGAGGGCACCUGUGAGGAGGCCGCGCUGCCUCUGGAGAGGACACUCAAAGGCCUCGAGUGCCCAGCCGCCACCUCUGCCACCACCGCUGCCGCCACCGGGAAGCCCCCCAGGCCUGACGGCGGCCCAGCUGACCCAGCCAAGCAGGGCUCCCUGCGCACCAGCGCCCGGGGCCUGUCCCGGCGGCUGCAGAGUUGCUACUGCUGUGACGGUCGGGGGGACGGCGGCGAGGAGGCCGCCCCGGCUGACAAGAGCCGCAGGCACGAGUGCAGCAAGGAGCCUCCCGCGGAGGCUGGCGGGGACACCCAGGAGCACUGGGUGCACGAGGCCUGUGCCGUGUGGACAGGCGGGGUUUACCUGGUGGCCGGGAAGCUCUUUGGGCUGCAGGAGGCCAUGAAGGUGGCCGUGGACAGGACUUGUUCCAGCUGCCAAGAAGCCGGGGCCACCAUCGGGUGCUGUCACGAAGGAUGCCUCCACGCCUAUCAUUACCCGUGUGCCAGCGACGCGGGUUGCGUCUUCGUCGAAGAGAACUUUUCUUUGAAAUGCCCCAAACAUAAGAGGCUGCCGUUGUAAUCCGCCCUCCGCCGAAGCCCCGGAGCCCGCCUGCCUGCCAGCCGCCGAGGGAGAGGAUUCGCCUGCACAGCCCCCGGGCCUUUGCGCUGCUCCCGGCGCCAGUCCCGAGCCGAUCCCCGAUUCAGACCCCGGAUCUUGGAUCUGGCCGCCUCGGGCGGAAGCUGGUGGUCCCGGGUUGGGAAGAAAACACGUUCCGGGUCCCUUUGCUCCCGGAACCUGACGGCACAGGGUCUUCUCGCCCCCAUCCUCCAGCCAGGCUUGGAGAAUGGGAGCCCGCGGAGUGGCCAGACUCCUGGGGCCAGCCAGGUUCCGGUGGGGGUGGAGGGCCUUGAGCCUGGGGACGCGCCUCUUCCCUGGAAGUUCCAGUAUGACCUGGCACACAUUCCACGUGGGUCGGUGGUGGCACGCAGCUGAGCACCCCGGGGGUGGGCCGGGCUGGGAUCCCAGAGGCCGAGGGCGGCUCCCCUCAAGAGCGUCCCUCCUUGAACGAGGCUGGGGCGCAGGACAGGCCGGAGGCUGUGCGCCCUUCCCGCUCAGCCUUGGCCAAAACCUUCGUGCGGGUCGGGCAGGGCUGGGAGACUGGGGCCCGCGCUCAGGGGAUGCGGGCUUCCCCGGGCGUGGGCAGGACCAGCCCUCGCUGCUUGUGUUCGUUCCCCCUUCCAGUCCGCCCCAUCCCCGGAGUCCAUCCCGGGAACGCAAAAGGAAGAGCCGUGACAGACCGCACUCGACGAGACCGCCCGUCUCCGGGGGCCGCAGUGCCACGAGCACGGGAGAGCGGAGACAGCGCUCGAUCCAUGUGCACACCCGUGCGCCCCUCUAUAUAUAUGUCACAUAGAAUGUAUAUAUGUUGGGAACAUGCUCGCUUCUCCCUUGUGUCGCCGCCGUGCGUCGUGCGCUCCUCAGCACGGGGCCCUUGCGGGAAGGGGGCUCCGACGAUGCCCCCUCCCCCACGCAGCCACCACCGCCCGGGCCUGCGCCCGCCAGUUCGUCUGCCUGUCCGUCCGUGUCCUCGGCAAUGUCCACGCUUCGAUAGGCCUGACGCAGCCCCAACCCGGGGCCGCCCUAGCAACUUCUUGUACAUAUGACUGUAAAAUGGUGAACGUGUGUAUUAUAUCUGGCCUCGUUAUAUAGUGUAUAUAUAUGUAUACAUAUACAUAUAUAUAAUAUAUAUGAAGACUGUAAAUGGUAAGACGAUUAGUGUUCUUAUUAGUAUAUUGCUUCACACUGAAGAUUGUGUGUAUCGAGCUGUUUCUAAAAGAUGUUUAUUUUCCUUAAGAGUAAAAAAAAAAACAAACCAGUCAUUGCAUUCAGAAAAAAAAAAAAGUCAAUAAAGAUACAACGAUUGUUUUGGAA